CGUACCAAAAGAGGAACUCGUAAAAACAGAUCUUGCAAGAGUUGGAUUUCGCUUUUGGUAAUGUAGAGAUGGAUUUUCAGGGAAUGAAGAGGAAGGAGCUUCAAGCUUUGUGCAAGACUCAUGGAAUUCCAGCUAAUUUGACCAACCGUGAAAUGGCAGAUCGGCUCAAUCUGCUUCUCAAGGAAGGUGAAACUUCUGUACCAGAGGGUUUGUGCGAAAUUGAUAGUGAAGUUCAUUCUGUGGUUGUUGGAAAGAAGGUGAAGAAAGUGACGUUUAGUCCUGAAAAUGAGACAUUUGUGUUUGUGGGUACGGAUGUAGACUCGAACUCGGAUUCUGAUUACAGUUCCAGACCGAAGAAGGGGAAUUCGAGGAAGAGGAGGUCAACGAGUAAGAAUGUUGUAGUGAAGAUGAACGUUAAGGAAAACCCAGUUAGAGUAACAAGAGCUAGAGCGCAGAGUGAUGUUGAAGAAGAUUUGAAGGCAGUUUCUUUGGCUGUUGCUGGGAGAAAGAGAGGUAGAAAAGGAAAGGAAACUGUUGAUGUUUGUGAUAAGCCGGCUCCGGUUGUUGAUGAUUCUACUGGACGUGAUGAACCGAAGAAAGAAGAGGGUGUUCGGCAGUUGAGAGGUAGAAAUGUGGUGAUUGAAGCUGAUGGGAAUGGAGAAGAAGGAGAUGUAGCCGUUCCAAGCAAGAAAAAAUCGCUUGGAGGUUCCAAGAAGACGAGGGGUGGUAAAGGCAGUAAUGGGUUUCUUUCAGCGGAUGUAACUUUAGAAGAGAAUCUCAUUGCAGAGGCAGCCAAUCCCCAAAAAAUAAUGAAACGUUCGCACCUGAACGAGUCAAAGGAUGAAGACUCUAAUGCUUUGAGCCAAGAUUUGGGUAAAACUGAUGUUGGGAUUCGGACUAGAAGGUCUAAGACUCAGAUGAUUGUGGCUAAGGAUGAAGGCUCUAAUGCCUUGACUGAGGAUUUGGGGAAAGCGGUUGUUGAGGGUAGGACAAGAAGGUCUAAGACUCAGAUGAAUGUGGCUAAGGAUGAAGGCUCUAAUGGUUUGACUGAGGAUUUGGGGAAAGCUGAUGUCGAGGGUAGGACCAGAAGGUCUAAGAUUCAGAGGAAUGUUGCAAAAGAUGAAGACUCUAAUGCCUUGACUAAGGAUUUGGGGAAUGCUGAUGUUGGGGUCAGGACCAGAAGGACCAGGACUCAGAUUAACGAGAAUGAUUUUGCAGAAACAAAGAACGAAUGUCAAAAUGUUCUUCAACUUGAAGAACCUUUGAAGGGUCCAGCCAGAAGAACUAAGACGCAAAGGAAGGUGGUAGUGGAUGAAGGCUCUAAGGCUUUGACUGAUGAUUUAGCGAAAGCUGGUGUUGAGGGCAGGACCAGAAGGUCUAGGGCUCAGAUUAAUGGGAAUGGUGUUUUUGAAGAAACAAAGAAAAGUUGUCAAGAUGUUCUCCAACUGGAAGAACCUUCGAAGGGUUUAGGCAGAAACUCACUGAGGAGGAAGUCUGUUGCUGGCAAGAAGGGAAGGGUGGCAAGUGAAACUUUUGCUGGUGAAUCUAUUGAACAUGGACCAAUGUUGAAUAUGGAACCCAGUAAAAGAUCAAAGAAAACAAAAGUGGAUGAUGUUCCUAAAAUUGAGCCUAAUGGUGAUACUGUGAAGCAAUUAUUACCUGAUGGCCCCUCAAGAAGGACCAGGCGAAAUACUAUAUUGUUUAGUUCUGCUGCUAGUACUACUACCGAUGAGCAGUUGACAACUCGUGAGACUGCUGGAAGGGUGAAUUUAUCAAUUGAAGAACCAUUAGAAAGAUGUGCUAAUGUUGCAGCUAAGCCUGCAAGGAAGUCUACUCGUGAUGCUUCUAGUCAGAUUUUAACUGAAAUAUCUGACAAAUUGGGAGAAGUUGCUAGGAAGUAUGGGCAAGAAAAGAAAACUCAGGAGCUGGUGUUGAACGAACAAAGUUUAGUGAUUGCUCAUGAACCUGUAAAUACUUCCAAAGGAAAAAUUGUUGAACUUGUGGAAUUGACAACAGCAGUUCUAAAAAAGAAUAAGCAGCAUGAAGAGAGGAAGCAAGGGGAUGGUUUGUUUUCAAAUGAUGCUUUGCCCCUCAAGGAGCCACCUGUGAUUGAUGAUGAGUCAAUUAAUGCUUUGCCCCUCAUGGAAUCACCUGUGAUUGAUGAUGGGUCAAAUAAUGCUUUGCCCCCCAAGCAAGGGGAUGGUUUGUUUUCAAAUGAUGCUUUGCCCCUCAAGGAGCCACCUGUGAUUGAUGAUGAGUCAAUUAAUGCUUUGCCCCUCAUGGAGUCACCUGUGAUUGAUGAUGGGUCAAAUAAUGCUUUGCCCCUCAAGGAGCCACCAGUGAUUGAUGAUGAGUCAAAUAAUGCUUUGCCCCUCAAGGAGUCACCUGUGAUUGAUGAUGAGUUGGCUGUGGUAGAAGCUUCAAUAAGCAGAAAUGAGCCUGGUUUUGUUGAGGUUUCUGCUGUUAAUGAUGAAUUGGUCGAUGUUUCACGAAGUUUAGUCGUUGAUAUUUCACCAAAUCUGGUUGUUGAUCUUGCAUUGAGUAUGGAGAGUCAGGUAUCAGCAUCUGUAGUUGAUAAUAGUGCUGCAGAACACGUUGUGAAUGGGAAUGAAAACAACACAGCAGAAGAAGGCAAAGAAAAGUUUCUGGAAAAGAUUGUAGAGAGCGACAUGGAAGAUCAGUCAUUGAAUGCAAGUGGCGACCCUGGUGAUUAUAAAUUAGUAUUGACAGAAUAUCCAAAUAAUGAGCACUUGGACUCGACAGUUAAUGAUUUGUCACCUAUCUAUGAUGAAGAUUCUGAAGGUGGAUAUAAAAGCAUGAACCAAGGAAGUGAUGAAGUAGAUAAUCAAUCUGCUGAGAAUGACAAAGCUAAUAAUAUACAAGAGGAUCAGUACUUGGCAGAUUUGAACCCCAAUGAGAACUUAGAACCGAUUCAAGAUCAUGUAAAUGAUAGUCAAGAAGAGAAGGUAGGGACAAUAAUUGGUACAACUUGUUUGGAAUGUAACAUUGAACAAGGUGUGUUAAAGGAAGAAGUCGAACCUGGGUUUCUGCCUCAUUUUCCCUUGGAGAAGUUGCCAGAGGGAAGAGAGUGUGAAUCUCCAAGUGCUAUAAAUGAGAUUGCAUCUAUAAAGGAGGAAUCAAAUGAAGAUGGACAAAUUCAGCAGCCAUAUCUCGGUGAACUUGACAAUCACAAAGAUGUUGCUUCGGAGUUGAAUAGAGAUCCUUCAUUUUCUGCUCAUGAUCUCAUCUCCAUGGCUGACCAAGUUAAUGUAGAAGAUGAGCGGGAGGAGUUGGGGGGAAAGAAGUGUGAAUCUCCUAGUAACUCAAAUGAGGAGGCGCACACAACUUGUGAAGUUAUAAAGGAGGAAUCGAACGAUGUUGCUUCAGAUUUUAGUAGAGAUCCUUCCGUUUCUUCUCAUGAUUUCAUCCCCACGGCUGACCAAGUUAAUUUAGAAGAGAAGAUUGACAAGUUGGAGGGAAAGAAGUGUCAAUCUUCUAUUAACUUAAAUGAGAUGGCACCCUUAUCUUGCGAAGUUAUAAAGGAGGUAUCAAACGAAGUUAUGCAUACUGUGCAGGAAAUUCAGCAACCUCAUAGUGAACUUGACAAUCAUGUUGCUUUGGAGUUGGAUACAGGUGCUUCACCAGCUGCUCAAAAUCUCAUGUUUGAAAAUGACAAAGUUGAGGUAGAAGUUAAGUUAGAGGAGUUGCAAGAGGAACAGAAGUGUGGCAGUCCCAAGGGAUGUCCAAGCUCAGUACUGAAUGUUUAUUCAUCUCAUGGAGAUGAAUAUAGAUCUCAUAAUUCCAGUGGCGACACAGUUUAUACAACAGACGAAGAGGCAGAGAUCGAGGACUCAGGAAAUGGAGCUACCAAUGGCAAAAACCAGGAAAACGAUGCAGCCACUUCAGAGUUUUAUCAGGCCCGAGCCAAUUACCAUGAUGCUGCAGCAAAGGAUUUUGCUUUAGUAACCGACGUUGAUUGUAAGAUUGAGGAAGCAGUUGAAAACUCACAAAAUGUUGAUUGGUUUACUCCUUUACCAGAUAAUACAACCUCAGAACUUCCUGUUCAGUCUUCAGAGAUCACUGAUUUAGAAAUAAAUCUCGAUUUAGCAGAUGAAGUCCUUGUAGAAGCCAAUUUAGAAGGUGAGUAUGAUGAGAAGCGCAAUGAGGUUGAGGAGAUUUUGGCAAUGACUGAACAAGUUGAUGAAACCUCAGAGCUUCAGGUCCAAUCUUCAGAGACCACUGCUUCAGAAACAAUUAUGGGUUUAGGAGUUGGUGAAAAAGAGGGAGUUGAAAGAUCUUUUGAAGUCCUUGUAGAAGCCAAUUUAGAAGAGUAUGAUGAGAAGCACUGUGAGGUUGAGGAAAAUUUGGCAAUGAAUGAACAAGUUGAUGAAACCUCAGAGCUUCAGGUUCAGUCUUCAGAGAUCGCUGCUUCAGAAACAAUUAUGGAUUUAGGAGAUAGUGAAAAAGAGGGAGUUGAAAGAUCUUAUGAAGCCCUUGUAGAAGCCAAUUUAGAAGGCGAGGAUGAUGAGAAGCGCAAUGAGGUUGAGGAGAAUUUGGCAAUGAAUGAACAAAUUGAUGAAACCUCAGAGCUUCAGGUUCAGUCUUCAGAGAUCACUGCUUCAGAAACAAUUAUGGAUUUAGGAGAUGGUGAGAAAGAGGGAGUUGAAAGAUCUUAUGAAGCCCUUGUAGAAGCCAAUUUAGAAGGCGAGGAUGAUGAGAAGCGCAAUGAGGUUGAGGAGAAUUUGGCAAUGAAUGAACAAGUUGAUGAAUCCUCAGAGCUUCAUGUUCAGCCUUCAGAGAUCACUGCUUCAGAAACAAUUAUGGGUUUAGGAGUUGAAGGAUCUUAUGAAGUCCAUGUAGAAGCCAAUUUAGAAGGUGGUUAUGAUGAGAAGCACAAGGAGAUUGAGGAAAAGUUAACAAUGAAUGAACAAGUUGAAGAAGUUUCUGAAAGACAACUAGGAGAGCAUGGACAUCAUACUUCCCCGGCUGUCUCCGAAGAGCUGAUUUCAGAAGAUAGUGGAAAUCCUAAUGAGAGAGAGGAUGCAUUUGCCAUCAUCCAAGAGUAUUUAGAUAACGAGGUCCAUAUGGAUCUUGUGCACGAAGAAAGUGAACCAGGAGUUGCAGAAAAUAAGGGAUGUGAAAGUGGUGCGGUAGAAGGUGCAGAGACAAGUGGUGUGGCUGAGCAGAAUAUGCUGAAAGAUGGCGGAGAAGAAGAUAAAGAAGCUUAUGCUGAAACAACACUCAAUGAAGAUUUAGCUCUGGGUGCUACUGCAAGUGAUAUCAAUGAUAACUUGGUUGAAGAUGAAGUUCAAGCACAGAAUGACAGUGGUCCUGAUUCUAUAUUGAUUAAUUCACGAGAUAUCAAAGUAGUUUCAACUGAUGAAGCUUGUGACGAGAGCUUGGAUCAAAGAAUUGAUUUUGAUAGCAUUCAGGAUAGUACUAAGUUGGCUGGUGCAUCUCCGAUUUCACCACAGAAAUUUGAGGAUGAUUGCGGAUGCAACGAGAAAAUCAUUGCAGACAUUAAGACAUUAGCAGAAACCACAAUUGACAUAACCUUAACAGUUGGGGAGGAGUCUCCUUGUCAUGUGUAUAGGAAUCUUGUCACAGACAGUGUAGAAGUUGUGGAGGCUAACACUGACAGAGGAAGUGAUCUCAAAAAUGUGAAUUUAUCCAUAAAAGGAAAUGAAGAAUUUGGAACUGACCGUACGGCCUCAAGAUACCACAGAACUACGUUAGAAGGUGAUGAAACAGAUGAUGUUUGUCUGGGUCUCAGCAAUCUUUUCAGCAGCAAUAGCAGAAAGAUUGAUUCCGAAAAAACAUGGGACAUGCAUGAUUUGCAUUGUACAGAAAAUGUGGAAUCCUCUAGUGCAUCCAAGGACACUGAUGCAUUGGAAGAACUCUCCACAUUGAAGACUGAAAAGGACCGAAGAGGCAGUGGUAUUUGUCUGGAUCUCCACAAUCUUUUCAGUAGCAAUGACAGCAAGAUUAGUUCCGAAGAAGUAUAUGUAGAAGUUCUAGAAAACGUGGAAGUAUCUUUUGGUGGAUCCAAGGACUCUGCAGAUGUGGAAGAAAUUCUAGCACCUGAAAGGGAUGAUCAACAAUGCUUGGAUGAUUGCUCGGAUACUGCCCAAUUUAGUCAAUUAAUGCAAUUGACACCUCAAGAAAAUAAGGCAUUGGAGUGCAAAACAUUUGAAUGUGACAAUUUGAUGGGUGAAGCUAGUGAGGAGGUGAAAAAUGGGGAAGAUACUGUAGUUAGUAUUUCAAAAGUUUCUGCUUCGGUUGUGGAAGUUAAGAUUCAGAAUGAAAGUCACUUUGCUGCUUUACAUGAGCCCAUUAAUGAAAAUGAGAGAUCAAAGCAGUCUGUCAUCACCCAAUGUCUAGAUCUUGAUAUUUGUAACGCUGAGUCAUUUGAGUUUAAGGAAUCUACAGAGAUUAUUGGCAGCAUAACAGCUUUUACAAACACUGGUGGUGAAGAUAUCAACUCUGUAGAUGUGAGUGACAGAAGUGUAGAUAUGGUAGAAACAAGGGAGGUGAUCGAAGAUGUUUCAGAAGGAAACAUGACUGCUGCUUCAGAUGAGCCCAGCAGUGAAAAUGGAGGAUCAGCAGAGAAAGGUUUAUUCUCAGCGGAAUUGGGUGCUGAUGGUCUAAAGCAAGUGGAAAAUGAAAAUGUUGCUGAAGGCGUAAUCGACGCAAGUGAAGACAUGGUAGACACGGCAGAGCUGAGUAAUGAGUCAGAAACACAGGCAACAAGUUCCUAUGCUGCUGCUUCCGAUGAGCCCAGCAGUGAAAAUGGCGGAUCAGUAGAGAAAGGUAUAUUCUCAGCGGAAUUGGGCGCUGAUGGUCUAAAGCAAGUGGAAAAUGAAAAUGUUGCUGAAGGCGUAAACGACGUAAGUGAAGACUUGAUAGACACAGCAGAGCUGAGUAAUGUGUCAGAAACACAGGCAACAAGUUCCUAUGCUGCUGCUUUGGAUGAGCCCAUCAUUGAAAAUGGCGGAUCAGUAGAGAAAGGUAUAUUCUCAGCGGAAUUGGGUGCUGAUGAAAAUGAAAAUGUUGCUGAAGGUGUAAACGACGCAAGUGGAGACAUGGUAGACACAGCAGAGCUGAGUAAUGUGUCAGAAACACAGGCAACAAGUUCCUAUGCUGCUGCUUUGGAUGAGCCCAUCAUUGAAAAUAAUGUUACAGAAGAGAAAUGUAACAUUGGCUUUGAGCACGAUGAAGAUGAAUCUGCUGUGUUUGAGAGUUCUAUAGAAGCUGAUGAGGUUGAUGGCUUUAGUUCUGCUGCUUCAUUUAAGCCUACAACAGAAGGUAACAGAAACUAUUCAAAGCAAGUGGAAAUUUGUGUGAACAAAGGUGGUGACUCGGAACUGAAAGGAACAAAUGUGGACCAGUUUUCUUCAGCUCUUAGAAACGUUUCUUCCAAAUCAAGGCUACUGAAGUUGGAGUCACUUCAAGAGACUGGCAAGGAGGGCACAAGUGAUUCUGCUAUACCAAAGAAUAACAUUUUUUCAAUCCCAGCAACUCCAAAGAAUCAGAAGAAUUUUCAUGAUAUGAAAGAAAACAUGCCAAGCUCCAAGAGGGAACAUUUCAGCCUUACAGCCUCAAAAAGAUCACAAAAGAGAAGGCCUCUAGAGAAUUUGCCGAAUAUGUAGACAUCUUGCCUCUGGAAGAUGCAUAGAUUUGAAGUGACCUUCCUUAAUAUUCUGGCAUAUCUCAUGCAGAGUUUAGUUAGUGUUUGCUAAUUUAGUUAGUGUUUAGCUUGUGUUGUGUAAUUUGAGAUUCGCAAUUGUUGUGUAAUUUAGAAUUUAGAUAUUCUUGGAGAUGUGCUUUGUAUAACGAUGUAAGUUAUAAAAUAUUGGACUUCUUUUGUUGUUA